AUGUCUACUUUGAGGACAUGGGCUUCUACAUUCACAAUUCAACCUGGUGUUUUAACUAAUGUAUUAAAACUGAUGAAAGCCAAAGGUGAUUUUUUAACUGAGGAGGAAAAAUUAACAGUAAUUUCUUUUGACGAGACAUAUAUUUCACACAGAAUUUGUUAUGACAAAAAAUUUGAAAAAGUAUAUGGUCCACACAGAUGCGUUCAAACCGUUGUAGCUAGAGGGUUAUUGAGCAAUUGGAAACAACCAAUAUUUUAUAACUACGAUACUUCUAUGACAAAAGAAUUACUUAAUAACAUAAUACAAGCACUACAUGAAAAUGGUUUUAAUGUGAUCGCUAUUGUGAGUGAUAUGGGUUCUUCAAAUGUUGGAUUGUGGAGAGAUAUGGGUAUUUCUAUAACAAAUACGUCAUUUAAACACCCGAUGACUAAUAGAAAUGUACAUGUGUUUGCUGAUGUGCCGCAUAUGUUAAAACUUGCAAGAAACCAUUUUCUCGAUCAAGGAUUCAUAUUACCUAAUGGUAAAUACAUCGGGAAGAAUAUAUUGCAACAAUUAAUCAAGUUGAACGAAUGA